AUGGCCUUUAGGACCUUCAAGUUUAAUCUCUUAAAGCACAAUUCCCGUAGACUUACAAGUAUGACAUCAGUGCAGGCAGAAAAAGCUCCAAAAUCGAAGCUACAGUUCGCUUUGAAGACCCCAAAGGGCACCAAGGACUGGGCUGAUAAAGAUACAGUGAUCAGGGACGGAAUCUUCUCUAGCUUGUCUUCCAUUUUCAAGCGUCACGGCGCUAUUGCUCUUGACACUCCAGUCUUCGAACUGCGAGACAUUUUGGCUGGAAAAUACGGUGAAGACUCGAAAUUGAUCUACAACCUGGAAGACCAAGGUGGAGAAUUAUGCUCAUUGCGUUACGAUCUAACAGUGCCUUUUGCUAGAUUUGUGGCCAUGAACAACAUCCAAAACAUCAAAAGGUACCAUAUUGCGAAGGUUUACAGAAGAGAUCAGCCGGCCAUGACAAAAGGACGUAUGAGAGAGUUCUACCAAUGCGAUUUCGACAUUGCAGGGAACUACGAGAGCAUGAUUCCAGAUGCUGAGUGUCUCUCUAUCCUUGUGGAGGGUUUCACCAGCUUGGGAAUCAAGGACUUCAAAAUCAAGCUCAACCACAGAAAAAUACUGGACGGGAUUUUCCAAAUCGCCGGUGUCAAGGACGAAGACGUGAGGAAAAUCUCUUCUGCUGUUGACAAGCUCGACAAGUCUCCAUGGGACGCGGUCAAGAAAGAAAUGGUAGUCGACAAGGGCCAAACUGAGGCCACAGCUGACAGAAUUGGCGAGUACGUCAAGUUGAACGGCUCCCUCCAAGAAGUUCAUGCAAUCUUGUCUCAAGAUGCCAACGUUAUGGCUAACGAAAAGACCAAAGAGGGUUUGGAUGAGCUGGCUACUUUCAUCAAGUACGUAGAAGCUCUCCAGAUCGACUCUUACAUCUCUUUCGAUCUUUCGCUCGCGAGAGGUCUCGAUUACUACACUGGAAUCAUUUUCGAGGUCGUCACCGCGGCUUCGGCUCCUCCCAAGAACGCUGAGGAACUAAAGAAAAAGUCUAAGAGCACAGAAGAUGCCUCCGAGUACGUUGGUGUUGGUUCGAUCGCUGCUGGUGGUCGUUACGAUAACCUGGUCAACAUGUUUGCAGAGGCCACUGGUAAGAAAUCUGGACAGAUCCCCUGCGUCGGUAUUUCUUUCGGUAUUGAAAGAAUAUUCUCUCUCAUCAAACAAAGAGCUGAAAAAGAUGCUUCCAUUAGACCAACUGCCACUAAAAUCUUUGUGAUGGCUUUCGGUGGGGGUAAAGACUGGUCCGGAUACUUGCCAGAGAGACUGCAAGUGGCUAAGCAACUCUGGAAUGCAGGAAUCGAAACUGAAUAUGUUUACAAAUCCAAGGCCAAUCCCAGAAAGCAGUUUGACGCCGCUGAUAAGUGCGGUUGCCCACUAGCUGUCAUUCUCGGCAAAGAGGAGUAUCUAGACAACAAAUUAAGAGUCAAGAGAUUGGGACCUGAAUUUGCUGACGAUGACGGAGAACUCAUUGAUGCUAAGGAUCUCAUUACGGUAGUAAAGCAGAAGCUGUCGGAAAUUUACGGAGAUAACGCUGACGAGGUUACCAAGCUCUUCCAAGGCUUGUGA